GUGGUGCAAAAGUUCCGACAACGACGAUGACAAGCCAAAUCGGCGGCGCGUUGCCCAUCGAGUUCGGCCCCAUCACGACACAGAAUGUGGGCGUCUUGCGUGUCCUCAACCAAGUCAUCUUCCCUGUGCGGUACACCGAUAGCUUCUACACGGACAUCGUGUCCACCCCGCGUGAGCUGUCCAAGUUUGGCUACGUGAAUGGCAUGAUUGUGAGCUCCAUUUGCUGUCGGGUAGAAGCUACGCCAGACGGACUCGAUCGCGUGUACAUCAUGACGCUUGGUGUGUUGGAGCCGUACCGGAAACUCAAACUCGGCGGCGCUCUCCUCGACAGCGUGUUGGCGCAUUGCGAGCGAACGCACAUGGACCACAUCUACCUCCAUGUCCAGACGAGCAACACCGACGCCAUUCGCUUCUACACGACCCACGGCUUCCGCAUCACACAGACCAUCUACAACUACUAUAGGAACAUCAGUCCCCCCGACUGUUACAUCCUCGCGCGGUCGUUUGUGUGUCGUACUACUACUAAUGCAAGCCCAUGUCCUUGAUUGUCGUCGGUCCGGGCUACAUUCAUU